CGGCAGAGGCAACAGGGGCCGGCCUGAGGCCGCAGCCCUGACCCCCUACUUCCCUUGCUGUGUGACCUUGGCCAAGGCACUUGCCCUCUCUGCGUAUCGGUUUCUCCAUCGGUCACGGGGGUACAAACAAUGCCGACCACCUCAGGUUGUAGGACCGAACGGGACCCCUGCAGCUUUGGGCCAUGCCCUCCCCCCCCCCCCCCCCGCAGCGCCUCAGGAGGAGUGUGGCCAGGGGGACUGACUGAGGUCUGGGGCAGCCCCAGAGCAGACAGGGCCCCACGUGGCCCCUCACGGAAACGGCCACCGCAGGGCUCUGGGUGGCCACAUGGGGUCUGACGCUGGCAGAAACAACCGUGACGCUGACCUUGUGGUUUCUUCCCGCGGGUUCUCCCGGCCGUGCUGGUUCCCGCCGGCUGGUCUGACGGGUCACCACGGACAUGGUGGCUUAGCGAGACAUUCACUUAAUACCUGAUCAGUGGGCCUCACGGGGCUCAAACCCAGACAGGCCGGGGGCCUCCUCCAGGCCAGCUGGUUCCCCCUCACCCCGCUGCUUUCGCGGCUCUGGACCUUGUCUGUGAAAUGGGGUGAUGACACACAUGGACCGGGGGGCGCUAAGUGCGGCCCCAAAGACGUCCCUGUCCCGGUCCCGGGACCAGGCACCUGUCAUAUCACCAGGCGGGGGUGACCUGGGGGCUCGGGGGGCCCAGUGUCCUCACGAGGUCCUCAUGAGAGGGAGGCAGAGAGCCGGGCGGACCCCGUGCUGCUCUGGAAGCUGGAAAGGGGGGAGACGGGGCUCCCUGGGGCCCUGGGGGGAGCAGCCCUGCCCACGCCCGGGUGUCAGGACUUCUGAGCCCAGAGCUGUCAGAACCGGCGUGUGGUGACGGGUCCCAGCGGCCCCGGGAGGUCACACAGACAUGCCAGGCAAGUUCGAGUCUGGGCAGCAUCUGGGGCUGCGGUCACAGGCUCCCGACUCGCAGGGACCCUGAGAGGUGGUACCAUAGGGGGCUCAAGACGGUGCCCCACUGAGACCUCUUCGUGGCGUCCCGGGAGCUGGGUGAGGACACUUCCCAGCCGUGCUGCUGCGGCCGCGCACCAUGGGGAGGCUGGGUGAGCGGCCGGGGCCUAAGGGAGGGGUGGGGAUGGGCUGCGGGUCUGGGGGCUCCAGCCUUAGCGCCCUGUCCCCACACCCCCCAAAACAGAAACCUCAGCCCCCUCGGUGUGGGCCCACAGCCCGCGACACCGGAACACGCCCGCCGGCCUCCAGCAUCACAUGGCCUCACCCUACUGCCCUGUGAUGGCCAGCCGGACGGCCACCACCCCGGCUCCACGAGGUGGCCUGGCCGGCAGAGUGGGAGGGGCACCGGGGGGGGGGGGGCCUCGGUCACUGCCACACUCCUAUCUCCAGCUCCUGCCAGAGGCUGUAUACAGUAGGCACUCGGUAAGUGCAACAAAGGCAGCAACCAUCUCAGGGCUUUCCGGGGAACUCGCAGCCCUGAGGUCGGUGCCGGAGUUGCAGAGGGGGAGCAGGUGGCAAUGGGGCCAGACCCCGUCCGGCUGGAGAGGCGGCCCCACACGCCCAGGAGGCAGCUGGGGGCACGAUGCCUGUCGGCCGGGUCCUGGCCGCUGCAGGAAGCUCCCUGCACGUGCUCCGUGGGCAGAUGCUGGAUAAACCGAGGCACGGGGCGGUAAGUGGCCUCUGGGGUCACCUCCGGGCCCUGCAGAGCCAGGCUUUGCCCCAGGCGGGCAGUUCCUAGAGCCACGCGCUCGUCCCCUCGCCGCCCUGCGUCCUGGCCUCCUGGACGUCUGGGACCGUCAACGGCCCGAGGCCUCCCAGAGGCGCCAGCACCGAACUGGGCGUUGCUGGUGUGGCCUGGCCGACCUCCCACCACAGGCCACAGCCAGGUUCCCCCUUUCCGGGCCGUGUCCCGCAGAGCUCUGAGGGAGCCACCAGCCGGUGACAGCCAUGGGGCCCCAGGCGAACGAGCUGGGCCGCCUGCUGCUGGCAGUGUCUGUGGCCCUCACGCUGCCUACGGGGCCCCCAGGCUCCCGGGGAGCCCGGAUCAUCGGGGGCCACGAGGUGAAGCCCCACUCCCGGCCCUACAUGGUGUCUGUGGCCUUCGAGGGCCAGCACCACUGCGGAGGCUUCCUGCUCCGCUCCCGCUGGGUGGUCUCCGCGGCCCAUUGCUUCAGCCACAGGGACUCCCGAAUGGGCCUGGUGGUGCUGGGGGCUCACGUCCUGCACAGCUCGGAGCCCACACGACAGGUGCUGGGCAUCUCCACCGUCGUCAGGCACCCGGACUACCAGCCCACCACCCACGCCAACGACAUCUGUCUACUGCAGCUCAACGGCUCUGCCGUCCUGGGUCCUGCGGUGGGGCUGCUGAGGCUGCCACGGAGAGACGCCACGCCACUCAGGGCGGGGGCACGCUGCCGGGUGGCUGGCUGGGGCUCUGUAUCCGAUUUCGAGGACCUGCCACCCGGGCUGAUGGAGGCCGAAGUCCGCGUGCUGGGCCUGGACGUCUGCAACAGCUCCUGGAAGGGCCAGCUGAGCCCUGCCAUGCUCUGCACCCACAGUGGGGACCGCCGGAGGCGUGGCUUCUGCUCGGCGGACUCUGGGGGACCCCUGGUGUGCAGGAACCGGGCACAUGGUCUGGUCUCCUUCUCUGGACUCUGGUGCGGCGACCCCAAGACCCCUGAUGUGUACACGCAGGUGUCUGCCUUCGUAAGCUGGAUACAGGAUGUGGUUCGAAGGCCAAACGGGCCCCAGCCCAGUCCGCUGCCCGGGACCGCUGGGUUCCUGCAGGAGUUGCCUGAACCCCAACAGCACGGGGUCCACAAAUGAGGUGGUAAAUGAUUCAGAUAGCUCCUGCCUGGAAAUUCCAUGGCUGGGGCAGGGCAUCCGUGGGCCCCCAAACUCCAGGAAGCCUGGUGUAUCCGUGGGGUGGAGGGUGGGGUAGAGAGGGCAUCGGUUCCAAAUGCAAAGGGCCAAAAUGACCAAAUAAAAUGUUAACUGAAUAACCAGACACGACGGUUCACCUCCAGGGCCCAUCCACGAUCCUUCGAGUUUCUGUCUCAGCGAGGCCAAGGGUCUGGCUCGGCCACAGCCUCCCUGAGACCGUGAGCUGCUUGCUCAGAGGCCUCAUCUGGUCCUCUGGCUUCGGGACCCAGGCCCCUCCCCGCCCUCCUCACCACCGGCCCUUCUGG